UUCUGCAGAGCUUGGUCGUGAAUUUCACCAAUCAGGCCAAGACAAUGGACAGGAAGACAACAGACCUGUUCAUGCAAGUAUCCAACCCUACAGAUAUUCUUUGAUGGACUAUUUCCUAAAGUACAUCCUGUUCCUAUGCAAUCUGGUGUUCACAAUUCUGGGCAUGGUGGUUCUUGGUCUGGGGACAUGGGGCCUCAUCAGCAAAGAGUCGUUUGCUCAGGAGAAGAUCGGCAGUAUCGGCACCGACCCAAUGCUCAUACUUGUGACUCUAGGCUUUGUGCUGAUGUUGCUCUGCCUGUCAGGCUGCGUGGGCACCUUAAGAGAAAACUGCUCCUUACUGAAGCUGUUCUCUGCCGCCGUGCUGGUGCUCAUCACAGCCCAGGUGCUGACCGCCAUUAUGGCCUACAGUCUACAAGGUCUGAUUGAAAGCUACCUGCAUUCAGGGAUGUUAGCUGCCAUGGUGCGCUACCAGGACGAUCUGGAUCUGAGGUUCAUCAUGGACGAGAUUCAGACAAAUAUGCAGUGCUGUGGGGCAGAUAACUACCGUGACUGGGAGAUCAACAUAUAUUACAACUGCUCAGCUCCAGGAGUGCUGGCCUGUGGGGUCCCUGCGACAUGCUGUGUGGACCCUUUGGAGAACGGCACAGUGUGGAACUCUCAGUGUGGUUUAGGAGCCCAGCUGCUGGAUGAGUUCACAGCUCAGAGUGUGAUCUUUCUGGGCGGUUGCCUGGGGGGAAUCUCUCGUUGGAUCAAGCAACAUGAAGGCCUGAUAGGGACAGUUGGAAUCGUCGUACUGGGGGUCCAGGUUCUGACUGUGUUCAUCACUAUGCGGCUGUUAGAAAGCAUCCAGUGGCAUAAAGUUUACAGAUAACAUGGG